AUGGACGAGUUUGUCAACUGGGAUCAAGCCGCCGACUCGGGCCCAGCGCCAGAUCCCAGCCUCGAUGUGCUGUCGUCGUCUCUGCUGCCCACUGACCGGGCGCUUGAGGACCUCGACUUGGCGCUUGCCGACGUGAACGGCGACGACUUCUCGUUCUGGGCCCUGCAGCACUUUGAGAACAACAUCUCUCCCACUCUAGCCGCUGGCGAUGAGAUUCCAAUGCCCACCGACAGGUCCACGCGGACCUUCGAAGACCACCUGGAAAUCGCCCUGACCCCCUGCCAUAACUGCCAACUGGGCAGCUAUGAAUGCAAGCGCAUCCCCGAGGGUCAGUACAAGGGCUACUGCACCAGCUGCGUCGCCCUGCGCUGUGAAUGCAGCUUUGGCCUUGCCUCCGCCUUCCCGGCGAACCCCUGGCCCGUCAUGGGAGACCACCCGAGGAUGCUCCAGGAAGACAUCCACUGCGGCGAGUCCCAACCGUCCAGCUCGGCCACUGACCUCCCCGGCUUGGUGCUUACGUCUGGCGCCGAAAACACGGCUGCAAACGCGGGCUCAAAGGGCAAGGCUGGUGCCCGUUUCUCCAGAGAGUCUGUCAAGAUCCUCAAGAACUGGCUGUCGACGCAUAGCAAACACCCCUAUCCCAACGAUGAGGAAAAGGAGAUGCUCCAGAAGCAGACCGGCCUCAGCAAGACGCAGAUCACAAACUGGCUCGCCAACACUCGGCGCAGGAACAAGAAUGCCGUCGUCCAUCGAUCGACAUCGCCAGGAGUGCGCAAGUGGUCAAGCCCUAUCGACAUCCCACAGAGACGCGGGACUCCCGCAUCUUUCGAAUUCAUGAAUCCGCUGCAGCGUUGGCAGCACUCGCCGCCGGAAAACGAACCCGCGUCCGUGACGGCCAUUGCCCGCGCCGUCAGUUCCGCCGCCAGCCUCUCCUCGGGCCUCAACAGCCCCUUCAGUGCCAACUUCACCGACGAUGGCUCCGGCCGAUCGCUCUGCGACUCUAACAUCAGCAGCGCCAAUACGUCGCACUCGAGUUCGGCCUACUCAUUUGGCUCACGCGGUUCCUUUGGCUCUAGCGGAUCCAUGCCCCGCGGACGUAGGCGCAGGAGGAGAAAGGCUCCCACCGCCGCGGUUACCACCACUCCCACCGGCCCAGCCAAGACCUACCAGUGUACCUUCUGUACCGAAACCUUCCGGACCAAGCACGACUGGCAGCGGCACGAGAAGUCGCUGCACCUGUCGCUUGAGCGCUGGGUGUGCUCGCCCAACGGGGCCCAGGCCUUCAACCCGGAGAACGGUCAGAUGUCGUGCGUCUUCUGCGGGCAUGCGAACCCGGACGAGGCACACAUUGACAGCCACAACUACGCCGCCUGUCAGGAGCGGACCGUCGGGGAGCGCACUUUUUACCGCAAGGACCAUCUGCGCCAGCAUCUCAAGCUGGUCCACGGCGCCAAGUUUGAGAGUUGGUCGAUGGAGCAGUGGAAGGCGACGACCCCCGAGAUCCGCUCCCGCUGCGGGUUUUGCGGCACCAUCAUGGAUACCUGGUCUAUCCGUGUAGACCACCUCGCCGAGCAUUUCAAGAAGGGCAAGUCCAUGGCUGACUGGAGGGGUGACUGGGGUUUCGAUGCCCCCGUGAUGGACAUGGUCGAGAAUUCGAUCCCGCCGUACCUUAUUCACGACGAAAGAAACUCGCCAAAUCCCUAUGAGGCGUCGCGACGGUCGGUAACGUCGGCCCGGCAUGCUUUUGAGCUCAUCAAUACAGAGUUGAACUUUUACAUUGAAGACUGGCGAGAGAAGGAGGGCAGGCCGCCCACGGACGAGGAUCUCCAACGUGCCGCAUGCCGCUUGGUGUAUGACUCGGAGGAGGUCUCGUCGGCCUCUGAGCUCUGCAAGGCGUCAUGGCUGCGGGAUUUGAUCUUUUCCUCCGAACGCCUGGCGCAAGAGGCCAGAUGGACCAAAAUCAAGGGCAUUGAAUGUUGGCAGCAGCUCACGAUUAACGGAAAGGCCACCAUUUUUGAGCUCGAUCCCAUGGAGUGCGAACUCCAACAGUUCGUCAAGGCGCGUCUCUUGCUGGGCUUGACCGCCAUGGACAGCGAGCUGCAGGACGAGGCACGCAACAUCAUCCGGCGUAUGCAUGAUAAUUCCAGGCUUGCGUCGGACGAGGUGACACAGUUCCUUCUCCGUCUCGUCAGCAGCUCAACCGAGUGGCUGGCCGGCUUUCGGCAGCGGGCUCACCUGCCACGUUCCGAGGACAUCGCGGACGAGCGGAUGCGGCCCAAGGACCCCAAAUCCAUUGACUCGACCGUGUUCAACCCUAGCAGGCUGGAAUACGAGCUGGCCGAGUACGUGCGUGAGCAAAGGGCCCUCGGCGUCGAGCCCACCGAUGCCGAUUUACAGAUGAAAGCCCGCCUGAUCAUUUACGAACUUCACGACGGCUGGAACCAGACGGCUGCGGACGAUCCCACCUGGCUGGCGGCCUUCAAGCGACGGCAUAUGCAGUUGCCAACCACCGAUUCAUGGCGCGGCUCCAUAUCGACCUCCAACACGAGUCCCGCCAGCGGUGCCACGUCCUCUAGCAGCGGCGCCAGCGGGAUCGCAUGUGCCGCGGCCCGGCUUGGAGGCGGCGGCUACUACCUCAACGACUCCAACUGCUACCAGCGCCUGGCCCGCGAGCUCAAGAAAUGGGUCGCGUCGACCAUGUCGCCCAACAACCCCAACUGCCACGUCCCAAGCGACGAAGAGCUGCAGCACCAAGCCCGCUGGAUUGUCUACGAAGAUGACGACCCCUGGAACCAAACGGCAGCAGACAACUUCGAGUGGCUGCGCCGCUUCAAGCGCGACGUAGGCCUGCUCACGGACCCGUCCCUGCCGGGUCUGCCAACCACGCUCGCGUGGAACAUAGCCCAGGGCGGAACGGGCUUCUCGCCCCCCUACCUCUUCCCCAACCCCUCCAAGGCGGCACACAUUGCGCCCUUCCAGACCCAGCCCAGCCACGACAGCAGCGGCGGCGACGCCGCCCCGCCGCUAGUAGCCGUCACGCUGGUCGAGGGCUCCAAGCCGCUGGCCGCUCAGCCGGCGACGGCGAAUCGGUUCGUGCAGGGCUUGGCCGAUGUCAAGAGGCAUGACCCGCCCGGCGCGGUGUUUUGUUCAAGGGAGUUGGAGAAGGAGCUGGGCGAGUUUGUGAGCAGGGAGGUGGCGGUGAACGGGGCUGCGGAGUUCCCCAGUGAGAAAGCCAUUCGGGAGCGGGCGAAGAGAUUUCUAGGCGUUGAAAAGACGCCGGCGGAUGAUGGCGUCUUGCUGGGGAGGUUUGUCGAGAUCAUGAAGGGCAGGCUGGGGUUGGCGGGUGGUGCUGGGGAUGGGAGGGAGGUGCAGCAGCAGCAGCAGAUGGGUUCGGUAGCUGGUGGGUUGGGUCCUGCCACUACCGCUGCUACUACCACGGCGGUGGCCAUGGGGGAUAUGGACUUCUCCGCGGUCGAGAUGAACGCGGAGCUCAACGAUGUCCUGCAGCAGAUGGAUUUUGAUUUCGGGGAUUUAGGGGAUCUGGAUUUCAUGGGAAUCGCGACGGGCGGUAUGCCGAUGGACCAGCUUUAA